GGAAAAGUUAGUGCUUUCGCGUGAGUCUUGUCGUGGAUUAAGUGAACUUUUCGUGUAAUUUAGGCGCCAUGAAGAUAAACGAGAACACGUUACUGGAGGGACACAGAGUAGUACUGGUUCCUUAUAAUGCACAGCACGUGCCCAGGUAUCAUGAGUGGAUGAAGUCUCCUGAGCUGCAGCAGCUGACCGCUUCAGAGCCACUGACCCUGGACCAGGAGUACAACAUGCAGCAGAGCUGGAGGGAGGACAAUGACAAAUGCACAUUCAUCAUCCUGGACAAGCAGCAGUGGGCGGACCCCAGCGUCGUGGAGGAGCAAUGCAUGGUGGGAGAUGUCAACAUCUUCCUGACUGACCCCACAGACCCCUCCUUGGCUGAGCUGGAGGUCAUGAUAGCAGAGCCCAGUUACAGAGGGAAGGGCAUCGGUAAGGAGGUGACGCGCAUGAUGAUGUUCUACGGAGUCUCCAAACUCGGGGUCAAAAGGUUCCAAGCUAAGAUAGGUCUCGACAACGAGGUCAGCGUCAGCAUGUUCAAGAAACUCCGCUUCAAGGAGGUGUCGGUGUGUCAGGUGUUCAAAGAGGUGACACUCGAGAUGGCGGUGGACGAGGCCGUCCGGACGUGGCUUUCGGACGACGUGACCUUGGUGAAGGAGAAGGACUACAGAGAGAGCUGCAACAGCAGACAGCAACUGGUUUUAUAAUGAAGUGGGACGCUGCAGUCUCGCAUCAUCAUUAAGAUUUGCAGCUAUGAAGUGCACGUUGCGAUGUUUUUAUGCACAUGAGUACUGCAUAUAAUUACACUUUUAAUGAACUGGUGCCUCUUUUUGAAUAUGUUCUACUUUUCUUCUGCUACAAGUCCAUAAUAUAUAGAUUUGAUGUUGUACAUAUGUAAAAUAUCAUGUUGAAACCUAAGAGUGAGGCAUGUUACUGCACGUCUUAAAUUGAAUUAAAAAGACUCCUGUGUAUA